CGAGGGAGGAAGCCGUUCCAUAGGUAAUGACCUCCUACUACUACUACUACUGCUACAGGUCCUCCUCCUGGCUUCCAGUCGCCGAAAGUAAAAUUGUCAAUUAAUGUUAUGUGUCACACACAUACAGAGCCUUCUUAAGCUUGUAUAAAAGAAUUUUUUUCUGCAGAUAUUAGAGAAAAUAUAGCCAUGUCAAAGCAAGUGUCAACCGCACUAUCGGACCUGGUGUUAGCCCUGUCUGCAGUCUGGGGCUUUCGGAUGCUUCACGAGACUAAGAAACAUGACUUCCAGUUUGGCAAGUGGUGGUUUAUGCUGGAGACUCUGGCUGCAAGUCUUGGAGUUGUGAAGUUUAGUGGUUUGCUGCCCAACUAUCACGCAUCCAUUGUAAGAUACCACAAGAACUUUUCUUGGCUGUGCAGGGCAAUUGGCAUUCCUUGCUUAGCUGCAGAACUAUGCAGAUUAAAUGAUUAUGGCAUGGUUGCUCAGGGUUUCCUAUUCAGUGCUGUGGCAACAUUUAUAACUUCCUCAGUUAAAAGUGCACAAAAAGAAAGAGUAACUCUCCUUGUUAAUGCGUUGUCCAUCGUUGCCAUAUUAGUGUUGGGUGUAAUAGGUGGUAGUGUCAACCUCAUGGCUGCCGGGGGGCUUUUUGUUUUAAGUGCCAUUGUUGGCGACGAAGGUCACAUCAAAACGCUCAACAUGCCUCGUGUUGACAUUUUACAUUACCAUUUUAGUAGCCGUUAAUUAUUUUUGAUAGUGUGGGGGAUGAAAGCAAUAAGGUAUGUGGUAAUUUUGUUUUGAACAAUGUAUGAAUUAAAUAAAACAUUGCUAGUUUAGUCAAAUGUGUUCAGUAAAGUUAGGUUAAGUGGGCUAAUCAUAGAGAGCCUGAAUGGUGUUAAUUUUACCCUCUUAUGUAACGACUUAACAACCCAUUAGAGGUUUUUAUUUUAUGUGGUCAUGUUUCCUGCUUUUGUCAUUAUGUGCUCGCAUACGUAUUUGGUUGGGCAUUGAAGUGUGAGAAAAAGUUUGGAAGGAAAGUAGGGUAAUACAUACUCUGGUGUUUAUUAUGUAUAGUACUUUAGUUUCAAGACCUAUAGCUUAUGGAUAUAUUUUAUAUACUAUUAUUAAGAUCUUUGGUACAAUCUUAUUGACCUCUUUUCUUUGCAUUCAUGAUACAACGAAUUCCUGUAAGAUGCUAAUUUUGUAAUGCUUAUUUUGAUUUGAAUGUGACCAAAGAUUUCUUAAUACCAUCUUUUUAUAAUGCACAUGUUCCAUAAUGUUGCAUAUAAUUUUAGUGCUUGAUAUAAUAAGAUAAUUUAUUUUCAGUUUACCCAUUUUCAUAGUGGAUGUGUUGAAUCAAUAUAUUCAUCUAGUCGUAGGUUACCUCAAAUUAGAUGGUGGAUUAUUCUCAUGGUCUAUAAAGAUUAUACGGUGCUGUAAGUACAGUACUAUACUUUCUCUGCUGUAGUAGUUUAGAAAAUUAUCUUGCUAAGAAAGUACUGUAAUGUAUAGUGUAUUAGGAUCAGCACUUGUAUGUUUUUUUAACUUGAGUUACAGUAAAUUUUUAUACAUUUGUCAUUUUAUCUGUAGUGUACAGUUAUAUGCCAUUUGAAAUGCAGAAAAUGUAACUCAGUUUAUACUUGGAAUUGAGGUCAUAUAAACUUUAUUUUCUAUGCCAGUAUCCCUUUGGUGUCUGUUUAUUUUAGGAGUACCAAACUAUCCAUAGCUAAAACUUAUGCAUUUGAUUACCUGGUAAGUGAAGUACGUACUGAUUCCUUCGUUAAUAUUGGUCUUGCUAUCCAUUGAAAGGCGUCAGUGUUUAGAAUUUACAACUAUCUUAAAAGAUGGUUUUUGUUGUAAGUAGUUGGUAAUUUAGACAUCUUUAUUGUUGGGUCCUUUACUGAGAAGAACUAAGAAAAAUGUUGUUGUUUAUAAGGAAUUACAGUACAAAUGGAAACUAAGACAUCUUGAAGUCAGUUACUGUAAAUGUUGAGUUUCCACAUAGUAUCUUUUUAAGGUGAAUCAAAUGUAUGUCCACUUGGUAUCUUUUCAGAGUUUAUCAGAUGUGUAGGUUGAUUUCUUAGGAGGCUGUAGUAGAUUAAUAGAAAUGUUUACAGAUGUAAUGGAUUAGCAAAAAUAUUUUCCCAUAUUAUAUACCUAUUUAAGUAGAAAAGGGUUGAAUCAAAGGAAUGUUAAGAGAUGGUAUUUUUUGCAUUUUCUCACAAAGGGCAAUGCUUUCUUUGUGAAUUAGAUUUUAAUUCACGAUACUUUGCAAUAUUCCAGGUUUUUCAGUUUUGGUUUAUCCAUUUGUGAUCACAUGACUAGUUGGGUAUUGUAGUAUACAAAACUGUAUAAUGAGGGUAAAGUAUAAUUAUUCUUUUGUACAUUAUGUGGUGUAAGUAGUGACAGAAAUGCUGUAUAUACAUAAUAUGUAGAAAACAAAAAUAAAAGGGCAUAAUCAUCCGCAUAUUAUGUGUACAAGUAAAAACACGCACGAAUAAAGAAAUUGAAAGAAAACUGCAACAGAGAUAUUGAUUAGAGAAGGAAACUGGAUAACUGAAGCACUUAGUCCAAGUAAGUUGAAUCGUAAUCUUUGCAAAACUGGCUUUUACAAAUGCUGAAUGUAAUUCCAUUUUAGCUGUCAGUGUAUUACAUUAAAAAUGAUUUGGUAAAUUAGAGUUUACAGUCUUUUCCAGCAUGUGAUAAGACACUUUAGUUACCGAGACUGAAAGGCGUACCAUCGUAUGUACAUAGCAUUAAUGCAUGUGAUUUUUAUUAUACUUAAAAUUGAAAUUUUUGAGUGUUAUCAAUUUUAAUAGUUUUAAUGGAUUCUUUGAAAAAGAAUGGCAAAAUAAAUUUUACAUUCUGUAUAUACAACUUUUUUAACAGGUGUUUAUGCUGCUCCUACGAGUCAAGGUUUUUGGCUUGGAGGUUUGGCCAAACUAUAAUGAACUAAGUACGGGUGUUGAUGCAUAGCAAUGUGAAUUCUUAUUGCCCACAAAUCAUUAUCAGAUCUACUA